CUGAAAUGAAAACUCCAUUAUUUUUUAUGUGCGCAAAUCAGAUAAAAGCGAAUCUGUUUAAAAAAUCCCCAUUUUAUGUGCGGCAUUUAGAUUGUAAAGUGCUUGCAUUAAAUAUAAUUGUGUUGCACAUAUUUUCCAUAUGCACAGCUAUGAAAUCUAAAAAUGAUACAUUUACAUCCUAUAUUAGCUGAAAAUAAAUUUUGAGUGUAUCGACUGAUAAUUCAAAACAUGUCAUUAACCGAAAAAAUGGCGGAGCAAGAGGAACGUUUCGUGACGCUGGCCGAAUUAACGGUCGAUAUUUUAGGACUCCCGAUCGAAUUGCUGAAGGUUUUUGAAGGUAAUGUAUGUUAAUCAUAUUACUGUACGUUUAAACAAAUAAUAUAUGCCAACAGAUCGAGGUUACGACGCUGCAAAACUCGUCACAGUAACCAAGGACGAGCUGUCGGAUGAUUUGUCCGAAUCCGGCCUGAACUUCAACGUUGACGAAAUCUACCAGCGCCUUUUCGUAUGGAGGCAAGAAUCUGGUUUUGAAAUUAUCAGUUUCGCGCAGGUGGAAGUGCUGGAAGACUGGUCGGGUCACGAACCAGUGGAAACGGAUGGUGAAACGGAUCCCGACAACAGCUCCAGUGACACUCGCGCCUCUGUUAUCUUCCGGGGAGAAAGCUCCGGCACACAGAAGCCCGACCUAGAGCCCGACGAGCCAGAAAACGGCACCUCAUCGGCAGAAAACCCAGCUCCAUUGUGCACAUCAACCCGGACGCCAACUACAGAAACACCACAGGCAAAAGUUGAACUACCACCAGAGGCGAUCCCCCAAUCUUCCGGACCCUCAGUAUCAGUAGGAAUCUCGUCCGUUCGCCCACCCCGAGCAUCUAUUUCGUUCGGCCCGGACCAACUGGUUGCCCUGUUGGAAAGCUCCAUCACCGGAAAAUCGCUUCUGGAAAGAGCUAAGCAAGACGACUUUUCUACACAUAGCCAAAAAGAGCUCGUAGGCAUUGUGGCGGAACACCACCUGAGCCUAGGAAUCAAAACAACGGAGGACACAUUGGAUAACUACGCCACAGCUAUUGUGCUGCUAUUCAAACAGGAGAAAAAGGAAUCGUAUUUCAUCCCACGGAGUGGUGGAAAGCGGAACCCAGGCGGAAAACUGUACAAUCGAAUUUUCAAUCUCAAACAAAAGCGAGCAACGCGGGAGAAAUUCGAAGAAUCACGUCGAACCAAGAAAUUGAAACCAGGUUCCCUGGAAAUUCCGGAUUCAGAUGGUGAUGAGGCAUUCACUUGGCUUCAACUGAACAUUCAACCGUGGAACACAACAUUGGCUAAAUGGACCACCAGCUUCAAUAAGAGGAAACACAACCUUCAGAACCCACUUGCAAUCGAUACAGUUUUGAAAACAUUCCGUCACUACAGACAAGAUCACGGCUAUCAGCUUAUUGACGCAGAUUUCCAUUCGUUGUAUUCAUCGGCGAGUGAGGGGCUGAUUCGCUUGGAGAAGGACUUAGCAGUACUUAUUGAACAGGUAUCUACAAAGUACAAGGAUGGUCAUUCAUCGAUGCUGGUGUCCUUACUGGAGCGGACUGAUUGUAGCAGAGAUUCUCAAGUUUGUGCCGUCUUGAUUCUGCUUAACAACAUUCUUCCACCAACCAAAAUAUCUAAGGACUUCAAGCCAACGACUUUGGUGGCCCAGGAAGAUAUCAUACUGUUCGUCAGUACAGCAGAAGGCAUUCGUGCCAAAGUCGAUGAAGUCUAUGCAAUGUACAAUGAGUGGGGCCUCCCACCGACAGUGAAAUUGGUAUUCGUUGGGUCCGGUGCAGCAUCGCUUACUGGCCAGUUCUACGUUGUGUACAAGGAUCUUGUGUUCGAAGCAGAAUCUGUAGCAAGAGCACUGGAUAUUCUGGUCAAAACAACGCUCGUGUUUGGACUACAAUUUUCUCGAGUAACUCGUUUGGUCUGGAACUUUAUUUGCACGCACUUCUACGAGAUACCUGGAUUGGCAAAGUACGCGUCUGUUUUGAAAUUCAUCGAUCAACUGAACAAAAAUCAAUAGACAGAAU